UGGCGCACGUUCAAACAUCAGUCGGCGGUCGUUACCUCUUUCCCCACUCCUCUUGAACAUCAACCGGCAAAGUUCACCAUGGUCAGGGACACAGUCUGGAGGUGGAACGGGCGUAAAGGGAGUUUUUUCCCCAAAGUUAAGAAGACAGUAUCGGCACCACCGGUGAUGAAUAAUAUUCCCAAGUUACCGGUCGUUAACGGGACUUUGCCCUAUGACGUCACACCGGUAAUGACACCAAAUCAUGGAGGAGACGACAGUGCCAUUAAUGAGCUUUUGGAAGGGCGAAUGGACCUGGAUGUAAUACUGCCAGAUGGAAAGAAAGAGCGCGUGACUGUAGAGAGAAGCACUCAGAUGAUUGAUCUUCUGGUCAAGGUGACAACACCCUAUAAGAUCAAGCCUGGAGGUCACAUGAUCCAGGUUUUUGACGAAAGAGGCCGAGACCUACUCUAUAAACCAAGCACUUAUAUUGGCUUCUUGGACACAAACACUAUCUUUGUUGUCCCCAAAAAGAAACCCGCUGAUAACAAAAAGCUAACAUUUGAGCAGACGUCACGACUCCAGAUAAGAUUGCCUCAUAAUCAGAGAAUAGCUUAUCGGUUCAGUCCUAAGAUAACCUUACAUGAGAUCAAACAGACAGUCUGUAGGGAGAAGAAUUUGGAUACAACUGUAUAUCAUCUCGCCCAUCCUAACCAAAUGGACGUAGUAAUGGACGGCAACAUGACAUUUGAGAAUUAUAACUUUAAAGAAAUUUGCCUGAUAUCAUCAAAAAGUAUGGAUGUCAACUCCUCACAGUUAGAAUCCAUUAAGUAUCCGUCUCAUAAUGAGCUUGAACAGAAGGAAAAAGCUCUUAGCUUUCAGAAUAACCAUUCUACAGUAGUACCAAGUGUAGACAGUUUAAGCAGUACUGUAUUAGACAACAAGAAAUCUUUAAGCACAACUGUGAGGUCAAAGUUCAAAAAAGGGCCUGCACCACCACCACCACCACCUCCUCCACAGAAAGGAAGUAAAUGGGGAACCCCCUCGUCCAAUACUACUACUUCAAAAGUGGACCGAUAUGAGUUGGAUAAAAUCACUCACUCUCGUCACAGCUCUGACUCGAGUGGUUAUCAUGAACCUUCACUUCUUAGCGAGCCUCCUACUGUCAUUACUACUAAUCAAGUUGAAGAUUUUUCCAAUCAUAAGACUAUCUCUGACAAAAAGACUUCAACGCCAAAAGAGAACUCCAAUAUAGAAACUGAAGAAAGGUCUUCAUUAUCAAAGCCCAUUUCUCCUUCACUUUCAGUUGGAAAGAAAAGGAAGGCCCCUCCUCCCCCCGUUCAAUCGUCAUGUACUAAAGCAAAUGGAUAUGUUAGAAAUCUUAACAUUUCCCAACCUCUCUCCACUUUAACGUCUGACUCUUCUGAUCAAUUAGAGUUCACCCAUCCUGAAAACUGCAUGCUUUCUGAAAAUAAAGAAUCGUCCGACAAGCAUGAAACCAAUCUGAAAAAUACAGUGGCUAUUCCUAUUGAUUCUCAAGACAACGACAAGUAUUGUAUAGUUAAUACUUCCUUUUUCAAUAGAAAUGCAGACGAGAUUCGUUCUUUCACGAGUAAUAUAACACUCCAUCAUAGCAAUAUAAAAUCUUCUGACCUUGAUCAUUCUCACACGUUGUUAGAUUAUCACAACAGUGAACUGACUCGUAGGGAUCUUGACUCGUGCUGCUCCGUAUCAGAUACUGAAAAAGGGGAAUUUAUUCGUGAAGAGUCUGACCUGAAUUCCGUGUCAGAUAUUGAUGAAGAUAAAGUGACUCGUGGAGAUUUUGACGCGCAUUCAGUGUCAGAUAUUGAUGAAGAUGAAAUGACUCGUGGAGAUUUUAACUCGCAUUCCGUGUCAAACAUUUAUGAAGAACCUUUAGAAGCUGUAAGGUCCAGUGUAGGUCUUCUCCGCCAUUUAUAUCCUACUCAAAAUUCGAGUCUUUCUGCUUCGUUAUCAGAGGUUAGAGAUAUAGCUGACACUACCUUGGACACUAUGAAACCAAAAUUGACGAGUAGGAAGAAAACUGGCAAAAAUGUGUUAAAAGCUCAUAACUUGCAUUACAUGUAUCACAACACUACAAAAUUAAAUGACAGUGCAGAGGGACUUGGUACUCCAGAUAACGACAAUAUUAACGCUGCAACUCCAGUUAACAACAAUAUUAACAUUAUAACUCCAGUUAACGACAAUAUUAAUACCGUAACUCCAGUUAACGACAAUAUUAAUACCGUAACUCCAGUCAACGACAAUUUUAACACUAAUACUCCAGUUAACGACAAGUAUUAUGAUAAAACAAUACAAUCACUAGGUAAUGUACAGGUUACUACAGUACGAAAAUUCAAUGACAACCCUAUAUCAGUAGAUGACUUCGAAAUUAAGGUUACUUUGGUAGACGACUUGGAUUUGGAUGAAGCAGAAGGAGAAAGGAUGUCAAAAGUCGAUGAACAUCAUGAGGAGUUUAACAGUUUACAAGUAUCUCACUGUCAUGGUGAUACAAUGAACACAGCGGAAGAUCGUCAUGAAGAUCUUAGACCUCCUCCACCUCUGCCCUCUUCCAAACCUGAGGCACCUAAGAGGUAUUUCUCUCCUCUACCUCUUCGCCGGGAGAAAAAUACACCUUCACCAUUACAUCAGCAGAAAAUGAAAAGAAAGAUAACAUCUUCUUUUUCUACCACUGCAGGUGAUACAAGUAAAUCGAGUCGCUUCGUAGGUCUACUUUCUUCUCUUAACACAAUCAGCGACCUCGACCAAACUUUCCAACAGACGACUGCCAAAGAAGAGCAAAUUAUGGCAAAAGAACACCAGACAGGAAGAUCGAAAGGAUCGUGUAUAAUUAAAGGUUCAGAUAAGGAAGCAGACAGUGCCCAUCUAGAACCAUACUCGAGGAAUAUAUCAGACUGUUCUCAAGUAAAGAGACGUGUAAAAACAGAUAUUCAACAGCCAGGAGAAAUAUUAAUUGACCAGAAAAUGAAGCCUCCGGCACUUUUAAAAGAAAAAGUUUCUUGGAAGGCUACUAGACAGAAUAAUCAUUGCACAGUUAAUGAAAACAACACUUCCUUUAAGGAAAGUAUAAAGUCUUUAUCAAAUGAUAAUAAUUCGCAAUCAACUCUGCCACCCACUCCUUCAUCCCCGCCACCACUAAAAGCUGUAUCUGACGACAUUUCUGUGAUGAGAAACCACUCAGAAAGAAAUUCAGAAAAUACAAACGGCAAGCUAAUCAAACCAAAUGACUUGAGUAUCGUAGCAGCAGUAAGAAAUUUACGGUUAAAAAACUUUACUAUCAAGCCUUACACACGAGAAGAAGAAGAAGAUUCGUUUUCUUCUGAAGCACAAGACUUCAAAAGUACACAGAAAUAUUUGGAAUUAAAUGACAACCCUAUUAGAAAUUACUUAGAAAAACCAUUUUUGAGAGCACCCAAUAAAGAGAAUCUUCAAGGAACCGAUUCUAGAGAAAACAAGUUUAAGGUCCACAAGUCAGAAUCAUUUCAUUGCCAGGACAUCAACUCAGAAAAUGAAACAAAACCUAAACUACUGGGAUGUGAAAGAACUGGAUCUUCUCAAGAGGAAACUAAUCCAAUUAUAAUGAACCCUCAAAACAACAAGGUUGUAUAUAGUGGUGGAGGCUCAGUGAGAGGUAUUAAAGGCAAGGUGCGUAUACGCUGUUUAGCCAUUGAUGACCAGAAUAUCUCCUCUCUCUUCAAUGGAAAUACUACUUCCAUGACGGACCUUAGCCAACAGGCACUAAUGGAAGCAGAUGAGCAACAUGAUGAUGACCAACAAACUGACUUUUCAGAAAGACUCGGACGUGUAAAGUCAGAAGUAGACGGUUCUCAGUAUUCCAAUGUUGCAAGAUCAGAAGGGAGCAUUGUCAAAGUUUCAUCUGAUCAGCAAAACGAAUUACAAGAUGAAUAUCAGAAACUUCAAAAUCAGUUACUAUUAUAUCAAAAAAAGCUGUUAGAUAAUCAAGAACUUCUGGAAAAAGAAAAUAUAAUGUCAAAAUUCUCUCUUUCACCACUAACUAGAACCAAAGUGUUCUUCGAAGAGCAGCAGCUUCUUUCAUCUGACACAGAAGAGCUAAAAUCUGAAAUACUGCCCAAACUAAAACCUUCCAGUGUUAGGGCUGCUAAAAAAGAUCAUAGUUCAACCGUCGAUCUUCAGUCACGUAUUCAUUCUGAAACUUUAACUUCAGCUAAAACAAAACAUUCCGACUCAUUCAACAAACCCACAAAGAAAAAUCUAAUUCAUUCGCAUUUGCUUGAUGAGUUUCAACCAACUACUGAUCCAGGUAAAAAAGUCGUUAGUCACGAAAAUGAACAAGAAACGAUUCAAAAUAGAAAGCAAUCCAAAGAACUGAUAUCGAAUAAAUUUCCUUGGUUAAGCCUUGAAAAUCAAUUAGAAAAUGAAGACAUUUCAUUCAAACAGAUUUAUAAGCAGCUAAAGGAUAAUUCUUAUAAACCUUCAAAUAGAGCUAAUCAACAAACAACAGUAACUAAAAAUGUAGCCUAUCGAACGAAUUCUUUAAACCUAGAGAAAAAUUCUAAUUAUUUUAAGCAAGAUGAAUGGCUCUUAAAACAGCCAAAAACUCCAGAUACAGAAGAACUGAAUGCUACUCAAUCUUUCAAGAAUAUCUUUGCACCACAACCAUACAAGAGUAAGCCCAUUUCCCAUACCUUUAGGCUUCCACCAACUAAAAUUCUGGGAGCUCCAAUUGUUAGAGGAUUCUCAGAAGAGGUAAAAUCUAAGAUUCUAGAAAGUGUGAAGUUUUCUAGUGUAAAAGACACUGUUGCAAGUAAUAGUAAAGAAGAUAUUCCAAUGCAUGAAGAGAUUGCUGUUUCACCUCUACAACAAAAGCAUGCUUUUCAGCUGCACAAAACAGGAGUAGGAAACAAAUUCUCUAAAAGCGUUGCUGCUGAGGGAAAUGUAGGAGCUCCAUUUCUUCCACGGACACUUCCCUCUGAAACUAAUGAAGUUUCUUCUACAAGCAACACUCAAGUUAACAGUUUUCCUUCUCGGAACUUUGACAAAGAACCUUCUGGAAGUAAAAAAUUACAGAAUGCAAAUGUGAAUAGUCGCGAUCAAUUAAUGAUGGAGAUUAAGAAGUUUGGUGGCCAAAAUUCUUUAAAAAAGGUUCCACCACGCCAGCCAAGUUGGCAACUGCGAGUGUUUGGUUCAUCGUCGACAUCAUGAAGAACACGUUGAAGGUGGAACACAGAAGGCAUUUGGCUUAAAGCUUAUAUCUAGAAUAUUUUCUCAAAUAGUGACAUUUUUGAAAGCAAACAACAACUCAAAUCAGAACAUAACUGAUUAUUUUUCGCUGUUCUUCUUCCUUUAAGUCGUUAAGCAGUAAAACCUAAAUAAAAAUUGAAUAAUUCCUUCAACAUUUAAAAACUUUAAAAUAGACAUCGUUUGCUAUUUUGAGUUUUUAGAUUGAAGUUAUUACAACAUAAAGUUAACUCUCGUGCUCACGUAAACGUAUCGUUUCUGAUUGGAUAUUUUCAAUAUUGUUGUUGCUGGAAAACAAAUACUUUAAGGUGUGUAACUUUGGUUUACUAAGAAAAGUGGUGACUCUUGUGACUCUUGGCUGAGUCUUGUUAAUGUUGCUGUCAGAAAUAUGUAUAAAUAGUGAGUUUAUUUGUUUAUUGUUGUUGUUCGUGAGACGCUGGAAACAAGGCAUGUUCUCAUACCACCAAAACUACGAGGCCGCCUGGACCACUACAGUUCUAAGAUAAGUUUAAAUGCUAUUAUAGAUAAGUAAUCUUGAUAUUGGAAGAAAAUGGUAGAAAAAAAACAACAAAAGGACAGUUGAACUGGUGUUCUUACACCUUAUUAUGUACAAGGUAAGCGAAAAGUUACAUCCUUUGUACCUCAUCUUCUAACAUUUCAUUAAAUUUUGUGGCUUAAAAAAACCUUUAUUUCCUCCAAACUAGAAUUAUUAAAGCAGAAUUUCUUUUAGUGUAAAGACUUCUCAUUUAUCGGUUGUAAGCUCAUUAUUUUCUAUCAUCAUUGUGUGAUAAAAUAUUGAUACUGAUUUAUACUGAACUAAGCUAACUUCCACUCUGGAAAACGCGAUUGCAGUGUUUUACUCUGUAAACUCUACAAUUAGGAAACUUGUAUACGAGGACCACUUCUGUAGUAAUGGCGUUACUAGCAUUAUUAUCAUACUUACGAAUACUUGGACUUAUGGUAAACUUAAAAAGCUCCCUUAAGAGUGAAUUUUAAAGCUUUAGAGUGAAAUGAAUCCUAAAGGCAAGAAUACGAGUGAAAUUAACUGAAAAGGCUUACUUAAUAAUGAUUUGAAUUUCACGGGCCUCGUUAAGAGCAAAGCGAAUGUCACUGUUUAAGAAUAAGGUGAAUUUGAAAGACCUAUUUAGGAAUAGGUAAAAAUGUCAAAAAACCUGUUCAGUAAUGAGUGUAAAUUAAAAUACUCACUGUUUGAACUAGCUCACAUUUUCCCAACUAUUUAAAUUAAAUAGUUUUGUUGGUUUAUGGGCGAACGAAACUCUCUUAGUUUUAAAUAUGGAGUACAAUGAUUUCAUAAACUGGGUAGUAUUGUUGUUUGUUUGUCCACUUUGAGUAGAAUGUUCAACUUCUAUUGCCUUUUUUCACACCCAACUUCACUAAUUAUUCGUUUAUGUGCGAACGAAACUCUCUUAGUUUUAAAUAUGGAGAACAAUGAUUUCAUAAACUGGGUAGUAUUGUUAUUUGUUUAUCCAUUUUGCGUAGAAUGUUCAACUUUUAUUGUAUUUUUUCACACCCAACUUCACUAAUUAACGUAAUUAAUUUUGUUAUUGAAUUUAUUAUCUCUAAUUACAAAAAUAAAAUAAAAAAUGAAGCAAAAUAAUUAACAAAAGAGAAAACCGUAAGCAAAGCCUAAAGAUACAACUGGUGUUUUUUGUUUAACUAAAAAAAGCUAAAUUGAAACUAAGCUAAAAAAAUCCCUGUAAUUUACUAUAAGAUAUUAGAACUUGGUCUGUAAACAUGGCUUUAAGAUAUUUAUUAUUUUACAACUAAUAAAUGUAAUGUUUGUUCAGUACUAAAAUACUCAAAAAAGUUAAGUUAAAAUUUUUUCACUGUGUUAUGGACUAUUUUUCUAAGAUAAAUUUAUUUCUUUAGAGUUUGAACAAAGUAGUGAAUUAAAUGAAAACAAAUACAAUGUAUAUAACAUAUUAAUUGUAAUUCAUGUCGUAUCUUGUUAUAACAUACUCAUUAAAAUAAGGAAUCAUUAAUCAAAAGUCACCUGCUUAUACCUCAAUUAAAAAGUAUUAAUUACGAUUAUAAUUUCCGUGAACAAAUGAGCAUUGAGGUUUCAGCCGUAAUUUCUAAAAAUAUCUAUAAUAAUUAUUAAAAUGCAUUAAUAAUGAGCCUCUAAGAUAAAGUAUUAAAAUUAUUACAUCAGUAUUCUUAGCAGUAAUGCUUUUUUAUAUUUAGACCCUUUUUUAAACACUGUUAAUAAAAUGGCACUUAUUUUCCCUUGUUAUUUUAUAUUAUUUGAUCAAUUUAUCAUUAAUUCCUUUUUCGUUAUUAAUGUGUACACUAAGAAGAACCCGAAAAUGGUGUUAUGCCAGUGCCACUGAUUUUAUUCCAGUAGCACUGCGAGAAUACUGGACAUGUGUAUUCCAAUUCAUAAUUAGAACGCACCAGUGUUGCGGACUGAGUUGCCGGAAUGUUCUACCAAUGCCAGUGGUUUUAAUUAUAUAUUUAAACAUACGUCCAGUACGUAUCCUAUAAUCAGUCAGACAAGAUCGUUAUCCAAUCAACAAUAUUUUAAUACACUGAAAUACUAAUAAUUAGUAGCUUUCAUCUAAUAUACGCUAUAGAUAACUGACAUUAUCUGCUCUGGGUUUACCAUUUUUUAGUUGAAUAGAUGAAACGCAGCUGUUUACAUUCAAAAAUUAUUCCUACACACAUUCAUUAAAUAUAUAACACUUGUAGAGUGUGACUUAGAAAGUGUUUUAGGCACACCAAAAUUAGUAUACUUGUCUACCAAUACGUGCAAUUUUACGAGUUGAACAAAGUUUGUGUUAAUAACCCUGUUUCUAUGCGUGUUUUCCUUGUUUUUUGAGGGUGACACUAAAAUGUUUGUAUAUUAUUAUGCCUGUAUCAUGUACUU